GAGAGAGAGAGAGAGAGAGAGACUUGUCCUUCUUUCUCUCUUUUGUUUUUUUUAUUUUUUUUUCUUCUGUUUAAUAGCUCAUUUUCACCUUCUCUCUCCUUCUUCAUCUGUCUUGAACUGAAAGGAGCCCUAGAACAGCCCAAGAAAAAGCAGCCUCCUUCAAAAUCGAUCUCUUUUCAUUCACGAUCUAUUAAAGUGGAAUCGAAUUCUCAAAGGAGUUGUGGUCAAGUUUGCUGCAUCCUUUGUGGCCUUGGGUAAAGUUGAAGGCUAAGAGGGCUCCUGCAACUUACAAAAAGUUGAGUUCAGAGAUUUGUAAAGAUGGGCCUUGCAUGCUCCUCCUAUUCAAUUCCUAUGUUUCUGACAAUAGCUAAUUCAGGACUUGGACUCCAUAAACUCAUUUUGAAUACUAGUUUGAAUGAUCUUGUUCGUGUCAGAGAGCAGUAUGGACUGUGAACGUACCAUUGUGGGGGAAUCUUGGUGCACAAUUGAUACCAUGAAGGUGAUGGCUGUUGCUCUAAAACAUAAUUGCACUGUCAUGGUGUUGGAUGCCGUCAACUUGCAUUUAACGUCGUUCAUUUUGCUGCUGUGGUGUUAGGAGCACUGGUUUCUUUAGUCUUCUCUUGAUAUUUUUGAAGUAUCAACAUGCCAAAGGAUAGAAGAGAUCGUUCCAUAUCUUUUGAUAGGUACAGGGCAUCUCCUUAUACAUGCAGCUCCAGUUGUUCAAGACGAUCUUCACCUAAAAUCCCUUCAGAUACUGAGGAGAAUUUGAAGGAAUGGGAAGAGGCCAGGUGCCCUGUAUGCAUGGAACAUCCGCAUAAUGCUGUUCUCCUUAUUUGUUCUUCACAUGAGAAAGGUUGCCGUCCUUACAUGUGUGACACAAGCUAUCGUCAUUCUAAUUGUCUUGAUCAGUUUCGGAAGUCAUUUGCAGAAACAACACCAACAACUCCACAACCUCAAGAAAGUAGGCUUAGAACCAUGAAUUCUCAUGCAGUUGUCAGCUCAGUAUCAACACUUAUAGUUCCACCAGAAGAUCAAUCUGAGGAAGGAUCCUUAACCACUGAAACCAUUUCUUGUGAGAACAAGGUGCAGCCAAAGCUAGUAUGCCCACUCUGUCGGGGGCAGAUAAAAGAGUGGGUUGUCACUGAACCUGCGCGAAGUUUCAUGAAUGCGAAACCAAGAAGCUGUGCCUGUGAGACAUGCAAUUUUACUGGCACGUAUUCGGAUCUCAGGAAGCAUGCGAGGCUUGAACACCCACUUGUUCGACCAUCAGAGGCUGAUCCAGAGCGGCAACGUAAUUGGAGGAGGCUGGAGCGUCAGAGGGACCUUGGCGACUUGCUUAGCACCCUCCAAUCUUCGUUUGGAGAAGAGAGGGGUGAUGAUGUUUUGCCGAUAGAUGAUGGUGGUUGGCUUACUGUAUUCUUUCUUAUAAGAGUUUUUAGACCUGGAUCUAGUCCAAGGAGUAGUAGCUGGUCUGGUACACCGAGAGCCAGAGCACAACUAGGUUUCAGAAGGAGAGCCACCCGGCAUUGGGGGGAGAAUCAUGAAGGUGAAACUGGAUCUUCUUCCAGAGAGGAUGACAAUGAUUCUUCAGAUGGCGGGUCAGGCCCUUGGAGGCGCAGUGAGCGGAUCAGGCGAAGGACAACGCCAGACGAGUUGUGAUUGUGGAACUCUGUGGUAUCUUUUUGGUUGCUUUUAGAAGAUCCUACGGCUGCAGGACACAAGGAACCAAGGUUCUUUGGCAAGCAUUGGAUGAAGUUCCACGAAGUAUCAAAUGGUUUCUCUUAGAAGUUGCUUGAUUGUUUAUCCUAAGAGUGAGCAUAUUGUAACUUGAUGAAAAGAGAAUUAAAUAAUUUAUAUCCUUGGCAUUUGUUGUUGUUUGGGUUAUGUCAAAUAUUCUACAUUUCAAUUACUAGAAAGCUGGAAAUAAAUUUGCUGGUUGUUGACUA